GGGGUGGCGGGGCGUAAAGAUAGUGUGCUGCCACAGUUCUCUCACAGUCCCACAAAUAAAGAUCAGCUCCUAAGUGGGUCCACACUGCCCAACCACGUUUUCUACCUAAUUGCAUUACAGCUGCAGAGAGAAGGGGAGAGAGAGGAGAGAAGAGAGAAGAAAUAAGGACGCAAAGAGGCCAGGGCAUUACAGGAGAGUACGAAAGAAGAAAAGGAGAGAAGAAUCAUCCUUGAAAGAAACUGUAGAGGAAAAAAAAAAGAUUUUGUCCUGCUUGGAGACACGACUACUACUGUUACUUCAUACAGUUUAAAAAGUGAGGAGUGCGUCUUCUCACCAUGGCCCCUCCUACUGUGAUGACGAGACUGCUGCUGGUGGCUGCCAUGGCAACUGUGGCGCUGUCAGUUGGCGAGGAGAAUGAAUUGGAUUAUGGGUACUGGAACUACAGAGAAGGAGCCGAUAGUGUGAACGUGGCCCCAGUUCGCAGUGUGACCAGAGUGCUGGAUGUUUGGGGCAAACGGAUCUUCCAUGAGAUCAAGACCCUUUUACACUCCCAACCGAGUACUCUUCUGCCUGACUACUCCAGGGUGCGCCCUCUGUCCGAGUCCCUCAACGACCUGUUCCGAGAAGUCUCCCUGUUGCACAGGCGCAUCACCGAGCUCACCCAUCGCCUAGCAACUCUGGAACCGUUCCUCCGUCGCCACGGCUACCGGGACGAGGGGGAGGAGGGAGGGGGCGGCAGGGCCUCGGCGCCUCUGAGCAUGCGAGGGGGACCAGCGAGUCUGGCGAGGUACCCCCCCAGACAUGCCGGGAGGGGGGUGGGGCCUUUGAGGGGCACGAGGGUGGUGAGGAGGAGGAGGGUGAAGGUGUACAACAACGGAGGGGUGAGGGUGAUCCAGAGUGAGAGGUAAAGAGAGAGAAAGAGAGGGAUGGUCACUGGAUGGGAGUGUCACAGUUAAGAAUGGAUUUAAAGUUUGUGUGUGGGGUGCGAAAGAUUGAGAAAGAGAAAGGAAGGGAGGGCAAGAGAGAGAGAUUGACAAUGAGAGAGAGGGAGAAAGAGUGAGAGAAAGAGAGAGAGAGAGAGAGAGAGAGAGAGAGAGAGAGAGAGAGAGAGAGAGAGAGAGAGAGAGAGAGAGAGAGAGAGAGAGAGAGAGAGAGAGAGAGAGAGAGAGAGAGAGAGCAAUGGAAUACAAACGAAACCGAUCCUGCAAAUAUUAUAAGUAUACAUUUUCAUAUAGAUUGUAUAGAAUUGUUGUAAAAUUUACGUAAUUCCUCUAUGCCAUGUGCUACUGGUUAAUACGUGUCUUUAUACAUCCAGAGGUGUGUUCAUUAGGGUAAUGACCUAAGGUGAUGUGUCAUUCCAGCCAAUGGGAAGACACAGAUGCUGAGCAAAUAAAUACAUGUUAUCUUUUAAGAUCCUGA